AUAUAGUCAACGAGAAUCUCCGAAAUCUAAAUUUUGACGGUACUCAGAAGUUGUCACCACCGGAUCUCCAGCGCAGGGAUCCACGGUCACAACAGACGAGUUAAGGAGAGUGUGAUCCGGAAAGGAAGUGUAGCUGUGGACAUUGGCUUGUCUUCCCAUCAGCCCUGUGUUGUUGAGUGCAGGCAAAUUUACAGUCUCGGGUACUUUUGUCUCCUACAACUGAUAGAACUACUCUGUGGAAAUUGAAAUAAUUCACAGGCUCCUUCUUACUUUGUGCGAUAGCUACCUACUCGGAGGUGAUAAAAGUUACCGAAGCUUAGAUGAUUUUGCCGAAAUUCUAUUUGGCAUUCUUAAAAAUUCGAUAAGUUUCAAUAAAAUUCUUGGAUUCUUGCCGGCUUCUGGGAUCUGUUAAUUUUCGUGAAGGGAAAUUUUAAAGCCAACGCAUUUAGAAGGAGUUAGACUUUAAGAGUUAAGAUUUUGUGGCUCGCUGGUAUUAUUAUUAUUAUUAUUUUUGGUUGAUGGAAUUCCUGCAAUCCCCUUCAAAAGUUAAGAAAUUUACCAAACAUAGAUGGGUGUUGAUGAUUGGUGCUGUUAUUUUUCUCGUGAUGCUGCUGGUACUGGGUAUUUAUCUGGAACUAGAUCGCAGAAAAGCUAGGACUGUAUUCAAGGGGUCGUUUUACACCGUGGUCGUUGAUUGUGGAAGCACGGGAACGCGGGUGAAUGUAUACGAGUGGACUGUGGGUAGUGUAAGCGCUAUUGACUUGCCCGUUUUGUUGCAUUCUUAUCCUGAUAAUACAACACGGAGUUCCCUCUGGAAAAGCUCCUGUCAGUACCACUGCAUGCAAACUGAGCCAGGGCUGGACAAAUUUGUUAAUGAUUCAUUAGGUGUAAAAGAAUCUCUGGAGCCAUUGAUUACAUGGGCAGAGAAGCUGGUUCCACAUGAAAGGCAUAGAGACACCCCUAUUUUUGUUCUAGCAACUGCUGGGCUAAGGAGGCUGGCGAGUAGUGAUGCUGAGCAAGUUUUGGGAGAUGUGGAGGCUGUUGUGAAGGAUCACUCUUUUAUGUAUAGGAGGAGUUGGAUUAGAGUUCUGAGUGGAAGUGAAGAAGCAUAUUAUGGUUGGGUUGCUUUGAACUACAAAAUGGGGAGCUUUACUGAUUAUCCUAGGUCUCCCACCUUGGGACUUCUUGAUUUAGGUGGUUCUUCCUUGCAGAUUGUGAUGGAGGUAGGUGACACAAAUGAUGACAUACACACUUUGAGAUCGAAGCUCAAUUCAAUUGAACAUCAGAUUAUCGCAUACUCUUUGCCAGCAUUUGGCUUAAAUGAAGCAUUUGACAGGACUGUCUAUAUGCUCACAAAUAAUCAAAGUAGAGAGAAAACUGGGGUUAGCUUUGAAAUCAGACAUCCUUGUCUCAGAUCUAAUUUUUUGCAGAACUACACCUGCUAUUCUUGCACUGGUUAUCAGAAAAAUCAUAGUAAUCUCCAAAAAGAUGAGCUUUCUUCUUUGCGUGUUAUUGGAGAACCUGAUUGGGGACGGUGCAAAGAUCUUGCAAUUACUGCUGCUUUAAACUUGAGUGAUUUGAGUGCACCGCAUUCAACAUUUGGCUCUGGUACAUAUAAUUUAACAGCCGUUGCUCACCCAACAAGGCGCUUCCAUGCUUUAUCUGGUUUCUUUCUUGUGUACAACAAAUUAAAUUUGAGCCCAAGAUCCAACUUAACAAAGGUUUGGGAAUCAGGCAAGCACAUAUGCUCUACGUUAUGGGGUGGCUUGAGCAGUAUCUCUGACAGUCCAAAUUAUGCUGGACAAACUUGUUUCCGGGUGGCUUAUAUGGCAUCAUUAAUUGAAUAUGCUCUUCAUCUUGAUGAUGUAGAGAUAAUAUUUGGACCAGGUGAUGUUUCCUGGACGUUAGGUGCUGCAUUGGUUGAAGGAAAAUUCGUUCAGUUAAAUACUGCAGCCAGCAAAGUGCAGACCGUCAUUUCAACUCUAAAAAAUUUGGAGGUCAAGUCUUCGCCGACUUUUCUCUUCUCUAUGCUUUUAAUACUUUUAUUAAUUGUUUAUUGUAGUCAAAUUAAACUUCCUAUGCGAAGCAGGAAGGCUUCUGCUGCUGGCAUUUCUUUGCCAUCUUAUACUCAAGCGAGACAACUGUCUAAAUUCUAAUUAAUUUUUGCACGAGUGUUGGUCAAUGUGUUUAGUUAGUGUUCAUUAUUUCUUAUGUAUCUUUUGUGCACAAAUUUCUUUUGGGAGAGUACUAAUAUCAUAAAUAAUGUUGAUUAAAGCAACGCGGGCUAGUUGGCUGGCUCAUCAGUUUUGAAACCAUAGAAUGCCAGCCUCGAUCCCAAAAGUUUUGGUGCCAAUUGCGCAUAACAUAUGAUGCAAACUUCUUAUGA